AUGCGAACAUCGCGAGUCUCCAGGGAGACCGCAAAGCUAGCCGAUAUCCUAUCAUCCACUCCGCGCCGCCAAUCACGACGAAUCGCCAGCUCCAACCCUCUGAGAAGUUCUGCGCUGUCAGACAAGCAGACAACAUCUCAUCGUAGUAAACCCAUAACAAAAGAGGAGCAGAAUGAUAGCGCAGGAGAUGACAGCUCAUUUCUCUCUUCUGCGAACACCACUGACAUCGAAGAUCUCUUAACUCCUGUAUCUCAGAAGCGAAAGCGGAAGCGUGGCCAAGACACGAUUUCCACUAUCAAAACUGAACAAUCAACUUCUACAGGGCGUAAUUCUUCGUCGACUAGAAUAUCCAGUACACCUCAAAAUUUUAUUAUUGCCAAGGAUGAGGAAUCAAAGCCGAAGCUUGGUGCGAAACCCAAAUCCCGAAAACUACCAGCGCGCAAAACCACAGCGGCAGAUGGAACUGUCAAAGUUGAACCCCCUUUGAAUUGGGAAAAGAUUUAUGAUACAGUGAAGGAAAUGCGGCGCAAGAACCCCACCGCUCCUGUCGAUACCAUGGGUUGCUCCCAGCUCUACUGGCGCUCUUCCUCCCCGCGUGAGAGGCGCUUCCACAUCCUCAUUGCUCUGAUGCUUUCGUCGCAGACGAAGGAUACUGUCACAGCCCUCGCAAUGCAGCGGUUGCAUACAGAAUUAGGGUCGGAGCGGGCGGGUACGGAUACAGAUGAUGGGACGCAGAUAAUAAAGAAGGCAGGGGAAGGGGGAAUAAAAGUAAAAGCAGAAGCAGAAGCAGAAGCACAGGACGACCAGGAAAUGAAAGAACUAGUAUGGGACCACACCAAGCAACAGGCAAAGAGCACUCUUACUCUUGAAAACAUCCUCGCCGUCUCCCCCACCCGUCUCAACCAACUCAUCCAAACCAUUGGUUUCCACAACAACAAAACAAAAUACAUCAAGGAGGCUGCCAUCAUCCUGCGCGACGAAUACGACUCAGACAUCCCUCCUACCAUCGAAGGGCUUAUGCGAUUGCCAGGAGUAGGUCCCAAGAUGGCAUAUCUGUGCAUGAGUUCAGCCUGGGGCCGUGAUGAGGGCAUCGGCGUCGAUGUACAUGUGCACCGCAUCACGAAUCUAUGGGGGUGGCAUAAGACGAAAACGCCUGAGGAGACGCGGGCGGCGCUGGAGAGCUGGUUGCCCAGGGACAAGUGGCAUGAGAUUAACAAGCUGUUGGUUGGAUUGGGGCAGACGGUUUGUUUGCCUGUAGCCAGGAGAUGUGGGGAGUGUGAGCUUGCAGGAUCGGGCUUGUGUAAGAGUGAGGUUAAAGGGUGGGUGGGGAAGGUGAAGAAAGAGAGGAAAGUGGAGGGAGAUAUACGGCUGGUAAAGAAGGAGAGUAAGAUUGAUGUUAAAGUUGAAGACACAGAGGAACAGUGA